UGGAGGAGAGAGCAGGCGGAAGGGAUUAUUUCUGAACUUUCAUUUUUCUAUUAGGAUGGCGAGCUUGACAACCGAAAUCAACCGUUUCAACAGUUGUUCUAAGAGACUACAGAUCAUCUUAGACGACACAAAACGAUGCUUUGAUGACAUAAAUGAGUCGGGAAGGUCAGAAGCUGGUCAGCUGUUUUCAGCGGAGCUUCUUCAGGAGGAAGAACAAGAAAUACUAGCCACAGCAAGAAAACCUCCAGGCAUUGUCAUUUUUGGACAGAAUGCUUACUGCAAGUCCUGUGUGGUUAACGAGAUAUUCAGCCGAAACAUUUUCCCUAGAUUCGAAAACGGAGACAUAAAUGGAAAUAAUCGUAUGGUUCAGUUCAAAUAUGGAAGUAAUCUGUCUGUUGGUUUAUCACUUCCAGACGGUUACGAUCUUGCUGAAAAUUUAGAAGCCUAUAAAAGACCUUGGAGUACAAUACCCAUAGAAGACAUUGAGAUUUCAGAGAACCCCAGUUUAGAUGGGGCUAACGGAACAGCUGUGUUGGAAGUGUCGAUCAAUCACUCGAUGCUCCGACACGGGGCAAAGGUCAUUGUGUCACCCUCAAUGAAUGACUCCGGGAGUGACCUGGAACAGAAGUACAGUAAAUGCUGUGAGAAAGUCUCGCCCAUUCUCCUGUUUGCAUUCCAGACACAGGAGCUUACAGAAAACGAUUUAAGUUUUCUGAAGAAAUUACAGACAAUAAGUCAUUACCAGCCUGUGUGUUUCGUUGGGGUAAGUACAGAAAAGUCAGAUUCUAGUGAUGGAAGCAGGACUACAGAAAAAAAUCUCAAUGCCAGUAAACAAAAACUGGAAGCAGGUUGCAAUGGUUCUAUAGAGGACCUUGAUGACCAUGAAAACCAGAACCAUUUGACUAAUAUUGACGAACCGAAUUACUGUGUAUCUCCAAUGUCGUCGCCGCUGUCAAGUGUAUGCUCCAAAGGGACGUGUAAGGGACGUGUGAUAUUGACAUCUUCUUUAGUAUUUCAUCAACUCUGUGAUAUUGGCUAUCUGAGCGAAAGUCCAGGUAGUAGAAACCUCACCAACACAAUGGCCACUGACUACUACGAGGUCGAUAGUGAACUUAUCGAUAAUUUCGCAUCGUUUCCCUCCAGGAUUGUGUACUUCGUCCAGCAAACAAUUCAGCGGUACCUCGUGAAUGCGGCUACUGUCCUGAACAACUGUCACGAACGAUCUCUAAAUAUGUUUAUCGUUUCUGCAUUUGACAUGGCACGAGACAUGAUGAUCACUCCGAAAAAACUAGAAUUUGCACGAGGGAAGGAGACCGAGUUGUACAAAUCUCUGAUGAAGAUCUCUGUAGAGAAGGGUGACGAGAUUAAAUUGAUGAUAUCGGAGACUAUCCAGAGUAUUCACCAGAGUUUAGUCGACAAAGCAGCACAGUACGAGUUUCUAGGUAAGGUAACCUGUUUGUUUUCUCUUUGUUGUCGUAGAAUAACAUUAACUCUAUAUCAGUACUUUAUAGUGGUUAUAUUUCGCGGGGAUUUUAAUUUCGCUAUAUUCGCGAAUUGACUAAUAUCCGCAAAUUCUUAACACCAGUGAAAUUAUUGAAAAAUGUUAUCCACU